AUGUCGGACGUCCUGGUGGCGCUAGUGCGCGUCAAGAAGCGCGACGGGCGCGCCGAGUUCUCGGCCGCGGGGCUGCGCUGGACGGCCGACGUGUCUCCCGAGGCGCCCGCGGGCCAGCACCCGCCCAUCGUGGUGCCCUGGAGCACCGUGCAGGACCAGCAGGUGUCGUCGCUCUCGAGCCCCAAGGCCAUGAUCCGACUGCGGCUCGCGCACAACGCGACGCUCGUGCUGGAGUUCGUGGCGGAGUCCGGCAGCCUGGAGGAGGCCUUCGAGGUGCGCGAGCAGGCCAAAGAGCUGAUCGCGCGCCGCCUGCGCGAGAACGGGGCCCGAGGGACGCGCUCCAACGCCGCGGCGCUGUGCAACCCCACGGAGAUCAAGCAGCGUGCGGCUCUACUGGCAGCCAACCCGGCGCUCAAGCGGCAGCACACAGAGAUGUACAACUUGAACGCCGAGGUGAUCCACCAGAUCUUCAUCCAGUAUCCGGCCGUGUACAGGGCGUACCAGGGGCAGGUGCCGGACAAAAUGACGGAGACGGAGUUCUGGGGAGCCUUCUUCAAGUCCAAGUACUUCCAUCGUGACAGGAAGGCUGGCCACGAGGACAUGUUUACCAAGUACGAGGAAAAGGAGAAGGAAGAGUCGAAGGGCGUGACGAUCGACCCGCGCGGGAUUGUGGAUCCGUUGAUUGACCUCACGAGCACAGAGGAAGACGCUGCAGUGCACCAUGCGAAGCGGCAAACGACGGAGAAGGAAAACCCAUCCAGCAUUACGAUCGCCAAGUUUAACAGGCACGGCGCUUACGUGCUUGAUCCGGCACACGCAGGGAAACUGCAGCAGCAGAAGGCGGGGAAAGGAAAAGCGCAGCAAGCGCUGCCACAGAAAAAGCCCAAGGCAGGUUACCUCGACAACCUGGUGGAUGCGACACUGCUGGACGAUCUGCAGAAUAAAGCGCCACCACCGUACAAUCCGCUUACAUUGGAGGACGAGUCGCGCUACUUCCAGCAUGCGGAGAAGGGCACUGCCGCCGAUGGCAACACAACAGGCAAGCUGUCACUCAUGGACGCAGCGCAGGUGUUCCAAGCGACGUGUAAGGCACCGAUCAAACUGGACAACGCCUAUCCGAGCUCCACGACAUGCUUCAAUGUACUGGCCGAAGUCGUGGCGUGCUCGGACUCCACCAGCGACUCGGCUUCAGCUUCUUCGGCUGCGAACCUGGCAAGCGGUGCACUGGCGGCUGAGUACAUCCCCAACGAGUUCAAGAAGCAAGUUUACAACCAGUUCCACGACGUGUGCGAGCUGUUGCGGCACUUCCUCUCGUUCAAGGCCAAGGUGGCAGAAGGCGGCGGCCCGGACGCUCAGCGCAAGCUCAACAAGAUCGUGGAGAAGAUGGGGUCCAAGUACGACGAGCUGGUGAAGCUGCGCGAGUCGCUGCCUCCGCACGAAAAGAACCUGCUGGCCCCGCUGCUCAAGCCAUUCGACGACCAGCUCAACCUGGCCUUUAUUUAA